UCUCAGACUCGCUGACCUGCACCAUGGCCAACCCCGCAGCCCCUGUUAAAACCGGCACGAUUCCGUUCACCCGCGAUGGCGAGACCUAUCAAACCUUCUACAAGCUCUUCGGGUCUCUGGAGAACAGCAAACGUCGACCCCUAGUCAUGAUGCACGGUGGUCCAGGGCUCGUGCACGACUACCUCCUGCCCUUCAGCGACCUCGCCGUGAUGGCGGACACCCCCGUAGUGCUGUACGAUCAGAUCGGCAACGGGCUCUCGACGCACCUGCGUGACAAGCCCGCCGACUUCUGGUCCAUCGAACUCUUCAUCGACGAGCUCGAGAACGUGCUCGCGCACCUGGGCAUCGACGGCGACUUCGACCUCGGAGGGCACAGCUGGGGCGGGAUUGUCGGGACCGAGUUCGCCGUGCAACGCCGGCCGCGCGGCCUGCGACACCUCGUGCUCACGGAUGCGCUCGCCGCGCCGCUCAUGGCGGGCAUGGCGGACCCCAAGGCGUACCACGCCGCGCUCCUCGUGUUCCACAGGACCUACGGGUGCACCGUGGUGCCCCCACCGAAGGAGUACUUGUAUAUGCUCGAGAUGGUGUUUGGUGAAAAGGGAGACCCGACGGUCACCUCGGUUAUGUUCCCCAAGAUCAUAAAUUGGUCGAUCAUCGACCGAUUGCACAACAUAGAGGUGCCGACACUCGUGAUGAAUGGAGCUAAGGACAUUGCGCAGGACUUCGUCAUCGCACCAUUCUUCCAGAAGAUCCCGAAGGCAAAGUGGAUCACCUUCGCGAAAUCUAGCCAUACCCCGUUCUGGGAGGAGCGCGAGCUGUAUAUGAAACAAGUAGCAAACUUUUUGGAACUGUAGCUACGGGCUAGCAGUUUCUACAUGCAGAUACAGGACAACAGGAGGUACAAUGAAAGGUCACAAGCGCCACCAGUAGUCAUACUCAUUGUAUACGUACGAAUGACGUUCCACGCAUGUAUAUGAAUCGCACACGAUAUGAUAUUUGGAUAAACAAGUACAACAGUUGCUAAUGCCCGUUCAAAUGGUAGGAGAGCCUAUUCUACAAGGCGCAAACGAGUGGGUGCUACAUAAGACGAAUCGAGAAGCCAGCGAGGAAUCGUGGCCAGUAUAGUGAUACAAUUUUCUUCCGUUGGGCGCUCCCGUAUCUCAGGAGCCAGAUACAACGAAGAUCAGAUGGUUCAGUUGAACUUAGGGACGUCAAAGGUGCCCUCGGGGUCUAUCGAGAAUUGGUCAGUUGUCGC